AUGUUGGCCUUCCACGUGGCCAGUUUGUCCAUGUUCCUUCUAGCGCUGGCCCUCAUUGUACAGUCCACCGGUGUGCUUCGACUACUGCGCAACCAGAACGACCAAGCUGAACGUGCUGAGCUCAUCACGACGCAAGACCUGAUCAACUCGGUCAACGAGUCCAAAGGCUCCGGCCCAAUUUAUUCCAGACGCUGUUCUGCUGCGGCAAGUCCGAAGAAGAGAGUCAACGACAAAGAACUCGUCGAGUUGAGACUUCUUCGACGUAUGUUCUUUCCCGGCUUCGGACUACCGCUGCGACUGAGGUACUCCAAGUACCUCAGUCGAGCUCAAGCUCACCAGAUCGCGCAUAUGAUGUAA